AGUAGCCACUCCUGACUGCGCCAGUGGCAGUCCGCUGGCGACCCUCAGAGACGCAGCACGCAGCAGCACACCGCUGAGCAACCAAUCUCAACAACAAUGAGUGCAUUAAGGAAAUGUGUACUCCCCGUGACAUCCAAACUCCUGAACCAAUUAGAAGUCAAAUGUUUCAGUACUUCAUCGGCUUUAAAAACUGAUACAACCACUCAGGAUUUGCAAGUUAACGAGCAAACUAGACGAAAUGUUGAAGUAGGACAGUUGACUGAACUAGUACGAGAUUUCUUGCACCCUUCAGAGUUCUACGACGCUGUCAGAGGUAUUGGCAUCGAUUUUUUCUGCGGCGUUCCAGAUUCACUCCUCAAAGAUUUUUGUGCAUUCGUAUCGAACCGUGUGGCACCAGAGAAGCACGUCAUUGCAGCAAAUGAAGGCAACGCGAUUAGCAUAGCGUCCGGAUACCAUCUGGCCACUGGUAAAGCCAGUCUUGUCUACUUACAGAACUCUGGACUCGGCAAUACUGUGAACCCACUAGUAUCUCUAGCAUCUGGAGAAGUGUAUUCCAUACCAAUGUUGCUGCUUAUCGGUUGGCGUGGUGAACCUGGGAAGCGCGAUGAGCCACAGCAUUUGCUGCAGGGACACAUAACACCAAGGAUACUAGAGGCUGUGGGUAUUGAAUACACUACACUACCCGAUUACAUCGAGGGAGCUAAAAGAACUUUGAAUAAAGCCAAGCGGUAUAUGGAAGCGAACAGUUGCCCUUACGCUUUACUCGUCAGGAGGCAGACAUUUCUUCCUUGUAAACUACAGAUAACGCCAUCAAGGUACUCGAUGACAAGGGAAAUGGCACUGCAGAUUAUUGUGGAUACAAUAAUGGAUAAUUCGAUUAUUGUAAGCACAACAGGAAUGCUUUCCAGAGAACUCUUCGAAUAUCGAGUUUCGAGAGAACAAGGACACGAAAAGGAUUUUUUGACAGUGGGAUCCAUGGGCCAUGCCUCUACAAUCGCCCUAGGAAUCGCGUUGCAGAAGCCAAGUAGACAGGUAUACUGCCUAGAUGGUGAUGGAGCGAUGAUAAUGCAUAUGGGUGCACUUGCUACAAUAGGACAGACAAGUCCAAAGAAUAUGAAACACAUCAUUUUUAAUAAUGGUGCACAUGAUUCUGUGGGAGGACAACAAACAGCUGCUAGAAAUCCACAAUUUGACAUGAUUAAAAUAUGCAAAGGAAAUGGAUACACACAAGGUAAAGUGGCAACAAAUGAACGUGAAUUAGCAGAAGCUGUCCACUGGAUUCAAAAUAUUGAUGGUCCUGCAGUUCUGGAAGUGAAAAUCUGCCAAGGCAGUCGAAAGGAGCUGGGAAGGCCAAACAGAACACCUUUACAAAAUAAAUCUGAUUUCAUGAAUUUCCUAGCAUUUUCCUGAGUAACAUAUGUAAUCCAGUUCCGACACUGUGAUCUCUGUGUUACCACUAUGUGUUGCAUUAACUCAGUUGUAUUAACACUCUGAUAGUGACUCAAUCACUUAUGAAAGAACAAUUAUUUAAAGUAACAGAGCAGAAUUCUUCUUUAAAUGUAUUGAUCCUGCUCUGAAUAUAUAUGUUCAUUAACUGUUUCACCCAAUGUGUUCUGUAAACUGUAUUUGUAAUAAAAAUAAUUAUUCGUAA